AUGGAAGCGCGGUUUCCGGCGCGAGCCUUCGUGCAAACCUUCGACGAGAUUCCCGAGGACUACAAGGAUCUCGUGGUGGAACUUCGUGGCCGGGGGGUGCCCGUCGAGUUGCGAACGACAGAGAGCAUGCUGGCAGAGCCGUUUCCGCUGACCAGAGAUGAUUUGGUCGUGGGCGAUUUCGACUGGACUCGGACGGCCCUGAAGCAACUGGGGAUACCCAUGCCACAGCCGCCGGACUAUCCGACUUGUCUGCAGCACCUUUUGCGCCGAAGAAUCUGGCAGUCCACCCUGGGCGAGAUUCGAGAACAGCUCGCUUCGUCUCUGCCGGACGCUGACCACCAGGUUUUCAUCAAGCCGGCCGUAGACACGAAAGCCUUCUCCGCUAUCGUGGAACCCCGGGAUCAGAUGCUGGCGCCACUUCUGGAAGGAAUCCCCGACUGCAUCAGCCCCUUGCCCUUCAACCUGCCCGUGCAUUGUGCGGAGGUGGUGGACAUGAUCUCCGAAUACCGCGUGUACGUUGUCCACCGGGAGAUCCGUGCCAUUUGCCACUACAAGGGCCCCAGUGAGGGGGCAGGUGCACUCGAUCUGAAUGUGGUGAAAGAAGCUGUGCAGACGCUGUGCCAGAGCGAAGAAGGCCACAAUCUUGCCGGCUUUGGCAUGGACUUUGCCGUGCUUGAAGAGGGUACCUGCUUGGUGGAGGUCAACGAUGGCUUCUCCUUGGGAAAGUACCCGGGGGUUUCUGGCAAAGACUAUACGGAUCUAUUGGUGGCGAGAUGGCACUCCUUAAUGACCUUGAUUGCAUGA